AAAACCGGACAUUAUAAGUUAUGACAUUCUUUGCAAGAAGCAGAGGAAUAAAAUCAGAAAUAUAUUGGCUUUGAGAGAGCUGGCACUCGGAGGCUUUUAUUCUCCUUGCUUACAUCCGAUGCACAACUUAUCUACGCAAAAGUUAAAUUUCAAGAAUGCCUCGAGCUCUGCAAGUUGUUUACGAUUUGAGAAACAAAUUACAUCCGAUGCACAACAAGUUGUUUACCAUAUAUUAUUUCUUAAAUACACUAUUAUAAACGCUAACCCUUAGUUGAUUUUAAGAUUUAUUAGUUACUCAUAGACAACCCAUCUAUGUGGCACCCUAAUAGACCGUCCUCAACGUGUAACCAUUUCAACUCGCGCAUUGUAAGACUCGUACGUACAUAUUUAGCAAAUUCUGAUUUUUGGAGUGGGAUUUACAAAAUAAUAGGAUCACCGCAUGACCAUUUCUUCAAGCUCCAAAUAUACACAUUUCUCAACAAAAAACAACCAAAACUCUCCCUCUUUCAAUUGCCAUCUUUGCGCUUUGCUCGAACCCAACGGUUGACUUUAACUAAGAUCUUAUUAGAUCGGCAAGGAGAUUUUGUUUUCGUUUGUAUUGUUCUGGUAGGAGGGAGGAACCAAUAUGGGUCUGGAUGAUGAAAAUAAGAAAGGAGAAGCUUCAGGAGAAACAUCAGAUAGAGAAAAUAGGCUAAGCAGAAUGAACAGUGAAAGCUCCUUGUCUGAAGAAGACGAAGAGAGGAAGCCCGAACUCGGCCCCAUGAUCGCUCUCAAAGAACAGCUCGAGAAAGAUAAGGAUGAUGAAAGCUUGAGGAGAUGGAAGGAGCAGCUUAUCGGGGUCGUGGAUUUUGAAGACGUCGGAGAGACACCGGAUCCUGUAGUAAAGAUCCUACACUUGACAGUUAGGUCUCCAGACAGAGAGGAGAUGGUGUUGACGAUACCUGAUGAUGGAGUGCCAAACCCAAAAGGUCCUUGGUUCACCAUAAAGGAAGGAUCCAAGUACACACUUGUCUUCAACUUCCGUGUCACCAACAAUAUCGUUUCGGGCCUUCGCUACAACAAUACCGUUUGGAAAACCGGUGUCAAGGUGGAUAGUACGAAAGCAAUGCUUGGAACGUUUAGUCCUCAAGCUGAGCCUUACCAACAUGUAAUGCCUGAAGAAACGACGCCGUCUGGUAUUUUCGCUAGAGGAUCCUAUUCCGCAAGGACGAAGUUCGUUGAUGACGAUAAUAAGUGCUACUUGGAGAUCAACUACACCUUCGACAUCCGCAAGAAUUGGCAAUGAUCCACCUAAUUCAACACCUUCUUAAGUCCAAAACAUACAGACCGAAGCUCUUUUGAUAAUAUUCAUUUUUUUCUACCUUACAUUAUUUGACUUCAGACUAGAAAACUUGUUUAGCUUUGGAUUAAAUGAUCAUGAAUAAAAUUUAUCGUACGAGUAUUAAUCUAAUUUCCUCUUCACUUCUCUCGUGAUCUUUCUAUCUUGUAGAGUAUUUAUGGGCAAUGUUAUUAACAAUUAGAAAGUGAAAGAAUCGUUUGUCUUGAUUCUCCACAAUAACCAAAAACCAAACAAAUUGUCUCCAUUUCAGUCCCAAGAAGCUAAACGAUCGAAGGUGGGAUUCUUGCACUACAAGAAAGCAGAUGGAUUUAAUCGAACUCCGUCGGAAAUUUUUGAGAAAUUAUGACGGAAAAGGGUUCUAACUGACAUAUUUCCAAUGAACUACCGACAUAUAUUGCUGUAAGAAUUAGUCAUUAGUAUUUCGUUGGAAAGAACUUCCGAAAACUUCCUGGUCGUAGGAAUUAUUCGUGGUCGUCGGAAAUUAUUCCGAGGAAAAUUUUUGUCGGAAAUUACUUUCGACAACACUGGUGCGUCAGAAAGGUUGUUGUCGGGAAAUUCCGAAGAAACUUUUCGGCAGUAUAUUUCUGACGGGAUGAUACUGUUGGAUUUUCUUGACGGGAUAUCCGACCGAAUAUUUGUCAGAAAUGUCAGACUGAACUGUUUCGUCGGAAUUUUCCUGAUCAAAUCUCUUUUCGUUGGAAAUGGUUUAAAUUUAUUUAUAUAUUUAAUUUUUAAUUAAUACAACAGAGCCACACUUGUUUGAAAAAACAAGACUUAGCUUUCGUUAAUCUAUCAUAAUGUAAAUAAAAUUUCAAUUAUGUGUAAAAAAUACCUUCAUGUUAUUUAAUUGGAUUGUUAAAGAGAUGAAGUUGUACAUUCUCUUGUAAUUUUUCUACUGUCACCAAAUGGCUACACAUACAUUACAGAAAAGCAAAUUAAUAUCCAAAUGAGAAUUAAAAGAAAAUUAAUAGUUAGUUUGCUCAAAAAAAUUCAUUUAUUUUGUUUUGAACUUUUUGUUGAGUUUAUACUUUAUAGAUGUUCUCAUUUCGAGCUUCACGAUCAUGUUUUGGUUGGUUGAGAGGGUUCUGUACUUUAGAUCCUUUGGAUCUUCCUCCAAUGGAUAUCACAAUAUCUCCAUCUUCAUACAUGUCGGCCAAUGAAAGUAACAUAACUACAGCAACAAAAUCAGAAAGCUUGUGUUUUUAAAGUCAACAAGUUGAAAUUCAAAACUUUGCCUAAAUAGGCAACUCUUGCAUGUUUCAUGAUAUUUAAGAAUCUUUCUUCUCUAAGUAAAAAUUUGACCAUUUGUUGUUGUUAUUAUUUUAUAUAGUGUGUUUGGUUAAUAUUUAUAUGAUAUGUGUUUUGUAUUGUUUGUGCAUAAGUUUCUUUCCACACACAAAUCUCUCAAACUAGAAUAUUUUAGAAUUUUUUUUAGAAAUAUUAGUAACAACCGUUUGUCAAAGACUGACAUAAGAAAAUGUAAAUAACAUGAUUUGAUAUGAUUCUCAAAUCGAUAAAUAACCAUCUCAAAUCGAUAAAUAAAAGAAACCGUACCGGUAUUUUGCUUCGAGCUUCUUGACGUUGAGCUUCUUCCUUGUCCUCAUGGGCAUCUCCCCUCCCUUUUUGUCCUCUCCCUCUUUGUCUUCCUCCCUCUUAGUCCUCUCCCUCUUUGUCUUCCUCUUCUUCUUUCAUGACACGUUUUGCUUGAUUUAGAGGGUUUAGUUUAUUUUUUAUCAAAUACUAAGCGAAAAUAAUAUAGUUAAAAUAUUAAUCUGAAGAAACUUAUGCACAAACAAUACACAAACACAUAUCAUAAAAAGAUCAUGAAACCU